CCUGUAAAUGCAGCAGUGCUUGCAUUCAGUGUGUGUGCACGUUUCUUUCUUUUUAGUGACACAGACAGAGGGAGAGUCAGAAAGACAGAGAUUUGCUGUAGUAGAAAGUAAGAAGGGGAGGGAGGUAGCUGGAGACGCCAGGGAGAGAAGGAGGGAGGGGUAAGACAGAGAGAGAGAGCGGGCGAGCAAAGGGGACAGAAGGGAGGGAAAAGCGAGAGAGAGAGAGAGAGAGAGAGAGAGGGAGAGGGAGAGGGAGAGAGAAAGAAGAGGGGGAGCACAUGUGUAUGCUUGUCACUAAGGGGCUGGGAGAAGGACUAAGGGAAGCGAGGUAGCUGGCCACAGCCGCCAUAUGCUGACUGGAUUCCUGUUCAUGUCUGCUGUGUGAAGACUGUAGGUUUCUGUUGUGUGCUGGCCAGCUGGGGAACACACCAUGGGAAGCUCACAUCUCCUCAACAAAGGCAUGCCUCUAGGCAUCAGGCCACCCAUUAUGAAUGGGCCCAUGCAUCCGCGCCCACUGGUGGCGCUGCUGGAUGGGCGAGACUGCACUGUGGAGAUGCCCAUCCUAAAAGAUGUAGCAACAGUGGCCUUUUGUGACGCUCAGUCUACACAGGAGAUCCACGAGAAGGUGCUGAAUGAAGCUGUAGGCGCUCUGAUGUACCACACCAUUACUCUGAUGAGAGAAGACCUAGAAAAGUUUAAAGCUCUGCGCAUCAUCGUACGCAUCGGUAGUGGCUAUGAUAACAUUGACAUCAAAUCUGCCGGGGAACUGGGCAUAGCUGUGUGCAAUAUGCCAGCAGCCUCGGUGGAGGAGACGGCGGACUCCACACUGUGUCACAUCCUCACCUUGUACCGACGCAUCACCUGGCUGCACCAGGCUCUCAGGGAGGGAACGCGGGUUCAAAGCGUGGAGCAGAUCCGAGAGGUGGCGUCAGGAGCCGCGAGGAUCAGAGGAGAGACACUGGGACUUAUAGGGCUCGGUCGAGUAGGCCAGGCUGUAGCCCUGCGAGCCAAGGCCUUUGGCUUCAAUGUGAUCUUCUAUGACCCUUAUUUGGCUGAUGGUGUAGAAAGAUCCUUGGGACUACAAAGGGUCACCACACUACAGGACCUGCUCUUCCACUCUGACUGUGUCUCUCUGCACUGCAGCCUCAACGAACACAACCACCAUCUUAUUAACGACUUUACCAUCAAACAGAUGCGCCAGGGGGCGUUCCUGGUGAACACGGCCAGGGGGGGUCUGGUAGAUGAGAAGGCCUUGGCUCAGGCCCUGAAGGAGGGGAGGAUACGUGGAGCUGCUCUGGAUGUUCAUGAGACAGAGCCUUUUAGUUUCAGUCAGGGUGCGCUGAAGGACGCUCCCAAUCUGAUUUGCACCCCACACGCUGCCUGGUACAGCGAACAGGCAUCGCUGGAGAUGAGAGAGGAAGCAGCCAGGGAGAUCCGAAGGGCUAUCACAGGUCGUGUCCCCGACAGUCUAAAGAACUGUGUGAAUAAGGAGUUCCUCUCCCAGAACAACCACUGGGCAGGAGUUGACCCAGCUACCGUCCACCCCGAGCUCAACGGGGCUUAUAGGUAUCCCCCAGGUGUAGUGAGCUUGCCAGCUGGUGGCCUCCCACCAACUGUUGAAGGCAUUGUGCCCAGCGCCGUGCCCAUCACACACACCCUUCCGCCUGCUGUCACACACCCUCCUCAUGUCCCAUCCCCCGGACAAAAUACAGUCAAGCCACCAGAGGGCGACAGGGAGCAGCAUCCAAAUGACCAGCUGUAGCCCCAAACACACACACACACACACACGGCAACCGGGAUCUAGUGAUAAGUUCCCCAGUGACAAGUUGUUAUCAGAAAGGGUCACAGAGUGUCAGAGACAGGUUGAGGUCCAAUAACAAUUGUUCACAACCCCUGGCAAAUGGUUCCCAGCAGCCAGUUCACACUCCAAAGAGAAAAUGAUGAUGAUGAUAAAUAGGAUGAUGAACAAGAGUGGAUAGCUGUCAGAUGCUCUAAUCAAAGAGUGCUGAGUUGUCCUCUGCUCCAACCAGAUGCACUGAGAAAGCCUGCAAAGAUCCACAGGUUGAUCUUCACAUAAGAACUACAGUAUGGUCAAGUUUCUAAGGAGUCCUGGAGGUGACAUGGAGAAAAAAAAAAAAAAAAA